UGCUAUUCGUGAAUCGUGUCCCUAGUUGUCCCGAAAGCGUGCGCGAGAGCUUCAGACUCUAGAGGUCUCCAUCCUCCUCCAGCAUCCGCAGCCGCGCGCUCCAGUCCCAAGCAUCCCAAGCUCGUGCACUCGGACGAAAGGGACAGAACGUGUUUUGAGGGAACCCGAGAGCUUUAAAGGGGCGCUUCGAUUUCUCGAGCAGGACGCAUGGAAGCGUCCCGGGGACGCGGCUUGGUUCCUUAAAGGCGGGAGGAAAGAAGAAGAGGAGGAGGGAGAUGGAUUCGUCUUUCACAAUAUCUUAGAUAUACGCUGUCCUUGGCGCGCGGGUCCUACCUACAGUGUGUUUUUUUGGGGGGUGGGGGGGUUUGGUGUGCGUUCCAUCAUCCGAAAUAGUGUUGGUGAAUUGUGCGGGAGCUUUGGCGCGCUGUAGCGCAUUGAAGUGCUUUGUUUCCAACCCCAAAGGACUUCUGUCACCUCCGUGCUGUGCCACGAUGUCUGCCACAUUCCAGUCCUUGUUAAUCGGAAAUUUGCAGAGGCUGAUGAGAUGCUGGAAAGUCAGAGCAGAAAUGUGCGAGCUCCUGAUACGGCUGUGCUGCUGAGUGUGCUCUCUGCCGGGGCUCAGACUGAAAUGAAGAAGGUUGUCGGGGACAACGCGACGCUGCCGUGCCAUCACCAGUUCCGGCAGUCAAACGGACAGACGCUGGACAUCGAGUGGAUCCUACAGAAACCCAGCUUCAAACAGCGUGUGAUCAUCACGUUUUUCAACAACGAGGUCUACACCAACGAUAACCAGGCGAGCCGCCUGUCCUUCGCCGGCGACUACUUGAACGGAGACGCCUCUCUUCUGAUCAACGAUCUGCAGCUGAGCGACUCUGGCGAGUACCACUGCAAAGUGAAGACAGGGGGGAAGUACCUUUGGACCCAGGUCAAUCUCGUGGUCCUGGUGAAGCCGUCUAAGCCGCAGUGUCGGAUGGACGGACACUUGCUCGAGGGCAGCGAUGUGAAACUGAGCUGUAAGUCUUCCGACGGCUCCGACCCCAUCUACUAUAAGUGGGAGAGAGUUCUGGACCAGGGCAAAAGUGUGGGAAAGCUGCCGGAGUUCGCUCUCAUCGAUCUGAAGAACCCUGAGAUUGUGACGCUGAGGAACCUCAGUCAGGAGAGCUCGGGCGUGUACAGGUGCACGGCCAGCAACGACGUGGGAGAGGAGAACUGUAUCAUCGAAGUUACUAUGCAGUAUGUACGAGGUGUAGGCGUGGUGGCCGGUGCUGUGGUCGGUGUGUCCUUCGGUGUCCUCAUCAUCAUCCUCAUCAUCUGGCUGGUCUUCCGCAAGAAAGAGAAGAAGAAGUACGAGGAGGAGGAGACACCCAAUGAGAUCAGGGAGGAUGCGGAGGCUCCCAAAGCCAAGCUUGUUAAACCCAACUCGCUGUCAUCCUCUCGCUCGGGCAGCUCUCGCUCCGGUGCCUCGUCCACCCAGUCCAUGGUGCACAGCACCGCUCCGCGUAGCCAGCGACCCCGGCCCCCGGCCAUCUGCGCCCUCAAGGAGAACGGUCAACCCCCUGAGUUCCUGCAGUCCUCCCCAGAACCGCCCACCACCCCCAAAUUCAGGCUGCCUAAUCCACCGGUGGGCCUGGCCGUGCCCACCAUGGGGGUCCUGAUGCCACCGCAGAGCAAAGCCUUUCAGACUGUGUAGGGGAAAGAAAUAGAUCCAGCAACAUCCCUGGACAGGAAACACACAUUGACUCGUCCAACCACAGAUAUGUCAGCUAAUGCAACUACCGUGUAAAAAAAAAACAACAAAAAAAAACAAGCAUAUGAAGAAGAGUUAAUACUAUAAAAAUGAAAUCUAAACGAAUGCAUACAUGAAAAAUUUUAAGUGCUUGCCCGCUGCUGAACACAGACAAAAACAUGUCCCUGUCACUCCCUAUUGCUCUUUCUCUGUCUCUUCAUCUUGCGCUCUCUGCCUGUCUGAAGAUUCCUUAUGUUAUUUUUAUCAUUUCAUUGUUUCUUUUUUUUUUUUUUACUUUGGAGGCAUAUUGAGCGACGAGGUGGAAAGAUUUGCCCCAAGUGACGCUUUAUUUAUUUAUUGAAAGUGAAUGGGCAGAGAAAGCCAGGGUAAACUGAGGUUAUGAAAAACCAGGGAUGACGGGACAAGUGAAAAGAAAGAAAACAACAGACGACGCUCGCCUCGUAGAAACGACUGGAAGGAUCGUCACUCGGAUGAGAGAAGAGACUCGAUCAAAAUCCUGCUCAUUCCCAGAAUGCAGUGCAGCCAGAUGGAUAUUCGAAAUGGCACCUUUUGACGUCAGAAGCAUUUCCAGUGACCACACGUACAAUCCAGCACGUAAAGCCAUGGAUCUCACAUACUGUACAUUAAUGAAAAGGAUGAUGAGAUUUGGUCAUAAUAUUAGGCAUUUAUUCAGUUACAGCUCACUAUUUACAUGUUUAACUAACAACACUGUGGGACAAAUUCACCUAUUUCACUUGUAGUGUAUGUAUGGUGUCCUGCGAUGGACUGGCAUCCCAUCCACAGGCCUCGCUCCCAGGCUCUCGAUCCACCAUGACCCUGACCAGGAUACUGAAUAUCGAUGAAUGAAUGAUUUUUUUUUAUACUUUACACAUACGCAACCUCAUUGUUUUGCAGGUUUACACAUGUGGACGGUGUUAGCCACAAUUGCUAUCCACAGGUGUCCUGCACUCAUGCUCACGCCACACUUUUUUUUUUUUAUUUACUCUCAUUGCUUUAUUUAGCUUUAUUUACAAAGUUACCGUUAUGGGAAAUCUGGAAAAUCUGAGUGGAAUAUUCCUGAAUGUUUGUUUAACCAAUGUAGCCAUUCCUUGUACGUAUUUUAUUUCCUUCCUAGAAUAUCCAACGGUACUAUUCUAGCACUUCUGGCACAAAUAACUGAAUAUAACCUCACUGUUGUGGAUAAGAGACCGCAGUGGCAGGAACUUAUCUACAGCACCGGUGUGCAUCAAGGUUCUCCUUUAGGACCUUUAAAAAUGUGCUAUAACAGGACAGCUGCCUCUUUGUAUCAGCAACUCGUCAGUUUCUUUGGACAGCACUGCCACAGGGCCGGUCAUUAUCCUCAUCCCAGAGUCCCUCAGAACCACAUAAGGUGCACUUGAACACACAAGUAGCCUAUUUUGUGUGCCUUUGAGAUUUUCUUUAUCGAACCAAUGACCCAAAAUUCAACCUUUUUGAAACACCGGCCCUGUGCAGGCUGGGCGAUGAGGACAGGAUAACGAGGCUGGACAAUAAGGCCGUCAUUUUCAUCUAGAAAUAGUGUACAGUACAUGCAAUGUUUUAUAUUGUACAUAUGAAUAGAUAUAUACACAAUAUCCUUUACAUUAUUGGGCGGUGGUCAAGAUAAAAUGUCAUCGAUACUGUAAAUGAAUACUAAAGCAUUUUUAAGGACUAUUAGGAGAUCAGUCUACUCUGGGAGUUAACUACAGCUAGUCUCCUUGUUAUAAAUAGCAGCUUCUCUGCCCUCUCACUGUCUGUACAGACUCAUUAAAAUCCAUAUCGAUCGUUCAUCUGCACAUUUCGAAUCAGCCUAAUUCGGUUUUCCAGUUCCAUUAAGUUUGUAGUGCUUUUAACAAUAGAUAUCAUCGCAAAGCGGCUCUACAGAAAGGUAUCUAAUGAGCAAGCCAGAGGCGACGGUGGCAAAAAAAAAAUAAAAAAUCCAGAUAAGGGUGAAGAAGAAAUGUUGAGAGGAAACAGACUCGAAAAGGAACCAGUCCUCUUCUGGGUGACACUGGAUAGUGUGAUUAUAAAUCAUUUUUACUGAGCAGAACACAUUUUGUCCCAGCCAACAUUAUAUAUAUAUAUAUAUAUAUAUAUAUAUAUAUAUAUAUAUAUAUAUAUAUAUAUCCGGCUCACGCGCUUACUGAAGAUUUAAGUGUUUGUGUUACGUUGGAUUAAAGCCAUUCAAAUCAAGGGACCAGUAAGAUCUGGUACAGCCUAUAAGACCUUAAUAAUAAACAUAACUUUGCUAAUGGCGGGUUGUGAAUUCUAAACACAUAUCUAAGUAUCUAAAUAUAACAUCAUGGACGUCCCCCCGACAUUCAGAACCACUGUUUUAAAUCAAUCCACCCCUAUCUUUAAUUUAUUGUGCCUAUGAUCAUUCCUGUAGGGCUGUGCGUGGGAUCCGGCAGACUGCUCAUCUGGACUUGAUUUCAUAUCUUCCUGUAACCUUUCUCUAUAAUCAUAUAACACACGCACGUGACAAUCUUACUUUUAUACAUGUCCGCACAUUCGGCCGAACAAUAUCUAUCUCUCUCGCGCACACGAACGAGUGUACUCGCUUCCAAUCGAAGCGAGUGCUUGCAGGGCGAUGUUGCUGGGUGCAAUGGCUUCACUAAGAUUGAUGGAUGUGCUGUCAGCAGGGUGGAGGAUGAAGGAUGGAGCUGAGCCAGCAGGGAACAGGGGCAAGGCGCUGCGUGGCUUUAACCCCACUCUACUACACCACGUCCACAUAUCAAAUCGCUCCACAUGACAAAGUGUGUGUUUCUCGGAAUCACCGAUGUCCCGCACUGUGUGCCCAGCUCAUCAUCCAUUUCUGGCACCGUUUGCAGUACGAGUGUGUGCAUGUGUGUGUACGCUGUCUCCGCAACAUCACUUGGACCCGAGGAAACGAAAACAAGCUGCAUAGCCUCCAGCCGUUCUUCUCGUCGGGUUCUCUGGGUCUCAGGUGGCAUUUCAGGGCAGUUUAUGAGCCUCUGUGCCUAGCGAUGCCACAUUUUCCCACUCUCCCGCUCGUUCUAGCAUCAGUAGAUGUCGUGCAAAAUCCAAAAAGGCUCGAGUGGUCUUUAAAAUCGUAUUUGACACCGUUGUGUGAUGGUCCUCAACAAUGCUGUUUUAAGAAAGGGAGGUGAUUGCAUGCAGAGUGUAGAAUCCCAACACUAGUGCUAAUUAGUAGUGUACAACAUUAACAUUAACAUUAACAUUAACGCUGUCCUAACUAGGCCAUGAUUACAGCUAUGUCUGUGAGUCUGUUAUUUUUGAAACUUUCUGACUAACCCUUGACGACUCGCUGAUGGUUUCUGAGUCAUUUCGGAUCAAAGCACCUUUUAAAUGGAGGAAUCUAAACUUAUAUGCGCUGCGGCUUGGGAAAACCCUUCACAUUGGCAAAUGACAAAAGGAGGAAAUUGCGUUUCAAGAUUUCAUUCCAAUUCCACUAAAAGAUGCUCUGCCUUCCUCUACAUUUAUAACCUAAUAUACAAGGUGUCGCAAAAGUCUCCAUACAUAGAGUGCUAUGUACACCAGAACCACGUGGGUUGUGUUCGUCAGUGGACGUUCGUGGACGUUCACUUCCUGGUCUGUUCGCAACUCUUCCAGUCUUUUUGAAUUUGUUAAUAAGUCGAGCAACAGUGUCGUGUGUGUUGAUGUGCUCGCCGUGUUUCCCCGUUAAAGUCCAUCGCAACCUUACGACAGUUUCCCGAUCCAGCCUUGAGGAUGAUUUCAAUACGUUCUUCUUUUGUCAAAGACGUUCUUAAAGGCUGUCUCAGAAAACUAUAUAUAAUAUAAACUAAGUAUGACCAUUUUUGGAAGACAUUUUGCUAAAAAGAGUUCAUUUCCCCUACUGUAUGUACGGAUACUUUUGGAACACCAUGUAUAUAUGGGAAAACUAAAUGCAAUUUGCUAAAAUUGUAAAGAAUUCUAUGUUUACGAUGUGAAAUGAGUUCUCGCUUUGAUUCUGAGCGUCGUCCACAAAAGUCUGUCUCAUCACCUGAAGUAAUAGUCGCUCGCCGGGUUUCAACCCGAGCCCCAUCGUCGUCUCCUCACUCGACUGACCGCUGUUCACGCUAACAUCAGUGAGGAAAUCAUCGCUGCUUCAUCUUUUUAACUAUUAUUUUUUUUUAUUAGCUCAUUGAAACAUUUGAAAAGUUUCUCCGCUGUCGUCUGUACAGAGCGUGUAAGCGCUCUUCUCUGUUUUGAUGAUGAUGAUGAUGAUGAUGAUGAUGUGAUCGCAGGAGCAUUGCAGACAUUUUGACUAUCCGAUCACACACUGAAUUGAUUCGGAUUACGUCCGUUUCCAGCAACAAGAUCAAACUGUGAGAAAAAUCACACUUCUUUUCAGCGUAUAUUGAACUGACUGCUUACACAUCACGACCUUAACAGGAAGACGCCAAGGCGAAAUUAGAAAGUAAAAUCAUUAGCGAUAUCUGACGCGUUUUCCCAGACCAUCGUGCGUUUAGCGGUAAAUUUAAUGCGGGUGGUAAUGGGUUUGAUAAGUAAAUAAAAAUCCGUUCCUCUGAUCCAUACAAGGCGGUGGAACUUUAUACUGUAAUACCAAGAAAAAUAAACAGAAACACUGUCUAUUAAAGGAAGAUGAAGGAACUGUUUUGAGCAGAUACUGGGUUUGCUUUGCUUCGGUGUUCACCGAGUCGUCACGCAGACUCGUCUGUCUCUCAGAGUUCCACCGAUUCAGUUUCAGACUUUACAGAAAUCUGUCCAGACUGUAAUGGAGGGAAAGUAGAUGUCGUACAAAUCCCCCCACUUUUCUCAGCUGUAGCUUUAUUCUUGUUUUUUUCUUGUUUUUUCCUUCUCUCUCCAGACCGGUACAUUUUGUUUUAAAGGCGUUCUCCGUUCGUGUAAAUAUAGCCGUCACGAGUUUCAAAAUGUAUAUUUUUACGGAAUCUAAGAUAUUACUACUUUGUUUGCAAAUAAAAUAUUCAACAAGUUA